GUACUGUAAAUUGGGCUUCCCGUUUCCGUUCCGCAAUCAGGCGAUUAAUUCGCGAUUUAUUGCAAACAGAUAUGAGUGAAAAAUGGACAAGGUUAUCGCGACCUCCAUAAUGGGUAAAGUUGGUUCCUUUGUGUUGGUGAGUGUGUUAAAAAGUGUAGACUUGAGGGAAGAGAAGAAAGGGAUUAUUAUCUUUAAGAGGUUAUCAACAGCACGCUUUGCUUCCUCAGCUGAACAACCUGACGUUAUUUAGGGGGCUCUGGUUGCGUGAGUUGUGCUCUAAUUCCCCCGUUUCCCAUUUUGGUUUCUUGAGUAAGAGGGAAUCUCUUCUGGUUUUAUCAUCUCCUUCCUCUUUUUUACUUCUUCUCAAGUUCUCCUAAGCUAAAAUUCAUUCGCCUAAAUACCAAAUCACCACCCAGUCCAGGCAAGAAACUGAAAAAAAAAAAAAAAAAAAAAAAGCGGGAAGCCCACUAAGCGUGCCAAAAAAACAAAGCAAAAGCUAGAUAAGAACCCACUUCUUUAUCAUAGCUCUCUCUGUCUGUGUCUUUGCCUUAGAGCUGUGAAAAUACUUUGUUUUUUAUUUUGCCUUCUAUUGGUGGGGUUCCUCUAUAGGGUGUUAUUAUAUUGUGUGUUGGGUUUAAGGAUUUUAAUGGGUUGAGCUUCUCUUGGCUGGAUAGCUACCAUUUUUGGUUUCCCAUCUGUUUUGUGUUUUUGGCUCAGUAACUGAGAUCUUGAGGGUUCUACUUCUAUAACAUAUUCUUAUUUAGAUUUUCCCUUUAGAGGCCGAAGCAAACUUGUUCGUGAUGAUUUGAAGAUGUGGGUCUCCAUAGUUUUGGGCUCUGGUUAAAUUCCUCCAAGGUGUGGCAAGUUUCUAUCUUUUUA